UGCGAUUAGCCCAAACGCAAAGUGAAUACUAAGGAGCCCAAGAAAAUGCAGUUCAAGAAACCAAGAGCACUCGUGGGUUCAUCUGGCCUGCUGCAGUUCCUCCUCCUGAUUAGUGCUACACUCUGCCGCCUGGAAUUCGCCGAUGCCCAAAAUGCCGGCGUGGUGGCCGCGGCGGUGGCGGCGGGGCAAAACCAAACCCAAGUCUACGUGACGGAAUCCUGCCUGCAGAAGCCGUACCGCUGUCCGCAUCCGAAGAUUCAGUUCUACCUGUACACGCGCCGCACCCAGGAGCAGCCCGAGUUCAUCGAUGUGCUCGACGCCAACGCCCUGUACUACACCCACUUCAAUCCGCGGCAUCCGACGAAGAUAAUCAUCCACGGCUUCGGAGGAGGUCGCGAUCUGAGUCCCAGUCCAGACUUGCGGGAGGCCUACUUCAGCGUGGGCGAGUACAACAUCAUCAUCGUGGACUACGCCGACGCGGUGAAGGAGCCCUGCCUCAGCCAGAUGGACUGGUCUCCCCGCUUCGGCGGCCUCUGCAUCUCCCAGUUGGUCAAGUAUCUGGCCCGACAUCCGCGCGGGGUCCAGCCAGAUGACCUUCACUUCAUCGGCUACAGCGUGGGUGCCCACAUAGCCGGACUGGUGGCCAACUAUCUGAAGCCCGAGGAGGGAAAGCUGGGACGCAUCACAGCCCUGGAUCCAACGAUAUUCUUCUAUGCUGGGGCCAACAACUCCAGGGAUCUGGAUACGACGGAUGCCAACUUUGUGGAUGUUAUGCACACUGGAGCGGGGAUACUCGGUCAAUGGCACUCCAGUGGCCACGCAGACUUUUAUGUGAAUGGCGGCACCAGGCAGCCAGCCUGUGUGGGCUCUGCCACACUGUUUCAGACCUUGGCCUGCGACCACACCAAAGUCACCCCCUACUUCAUAGAGUCCAUAACCACGACUCGGGGCUUCUAUGCGGGUCCGUGCCCCAACUUGUUCACCUACCUGAUAGGCUGGUGCGAGCCCAAGGAUUCCGAGUACGUUCUGAUGGGCGAGCACUGCUCACAUAAAGCUCGAGGCAAUUACUAUGUUACCACUAAUGGAAAAGCACCAUUUGCCCGUGGUUUUCCAGGCAAGGGGCGUUCCAAUGGCGAGUACCAGGGUGUACGGCGAUAGUGAAAAUCGUCUGUUGCCUUUUGUUCGCAAUCUCCAUAUUUUGGAAACAAUGGAUCGAAGAUCGAUUCUGCCUAGUUUCCUUCCAUUUUCCAUCUUCCAUCU